AUGGCAAGAAUAAUUAAAGUUUCCACUAAGUGGUGGCACGAAGAGAGAGAAAUAUCAGAAUCAGCGGAUUGUAUUAACACAAUUAUCAACGAUAAUAAAGAAGAACAAGCAUAUUUUGAUCUCAUUCUUUCUACUUUUGAAAGGUAUGAUGAAUCCAACCGUACUUAUAUAAACAAAAAUUUUUUGGCCGAUAUUGAUUUUAUUAUUCAAUGUGCAAUAACAAGUUUGACAUCAUCUGAACAUUCUCAACGAUUAGUAAAAUGUAUUGAUGCUUAUUUUUAUAUCUAUCGUCGGGUUACAGAAUACAAUGCUUAUGAUAGACAAUCUGACUCUUCACUAAAAGAAUUUCAAGAAAAAUUACUUCAGGAAUUAGGAAAUAUAUUUAAAUUAACAAAAGGUUCAAUAUCAAUUCUUUCCACGACAAGCAAAGACUUGAUAAAACAUAUAAAUAUUCAACAACAUCUUGCUGCAGUUACAGAGUUUAUAGAUCUGGAAAACUUACAUAUAUUAUUUGCUCUUUGUAACUUAUCAUUUCAAUCAUUCUUAUUAAUCGAAGAUUAUGUUCAUCUGCAAUGGAUUGAUAUAUUUUCGAAAAUACAUCAAUGGAAAAUAUCACUCACAGAUUUUGUUUUACAGUACAUGGAAUACAAACUAGCAUUUGAAAAAUUUCCGCUUGAUAUAUCAUCGUUAAUUUACCUUAUACGGGUCAUCCAUCCAUCAGGAACCAUUGAAGAGUCCCCAUUUCUCAUUUUUCAAGAUAUUCUAAGUCAAUUGAAUUUAGAUCAUAGAGAAUUUUUCGAUGAAUUUCUUAUCUUAUUCGGUAAUGGUAUAAAAAAUAAUUUUUACAAACUUUCCCACAUCGCUCCGUUAUUACAAAUGUUAAGUGUACGAGAUGAACGACUAUUUAAUCAAUAUUUGUAUAUUUACUCAUCUAAUACAUGUACUAAUUCUAUAUGGAAUAUGUUUUUAUACCUGAAUACAACUGAGGAUUUUAAUCAAAUCAUGCAAAAAUAUUUUAGUUUGAUUUUAAUGCAGCAAAUUCAAACUAUUUCAAUUGAAAUAUUAAAAAAUUAUUAUAGAUCGGUCAAUGAGUGUGUAAAUAAAAUUAAAGAUGAAAAUCGUGAAGAUUUUUUGAGAAUACUCGAAACUGUACUCUGUGCAUUUCUUAACAAACAACUUACCGAUGAGCACUAUUCCUGUCAAUUUUCAGAGAAUGAUUUAAAAGAAUUAUUAAAUAUCGCUUUUGAAUUAUCACCAACACAUGAUCUUCAAAAUCGAUCUUGUUCACUAAUUAUCCAAUAUUUGUUAUUCAAAUUAGUUAAGAAUGUACCAUCAAAAUCUAUAAAAAUCAAAUAUCUUUUUGAAAGACUUAAUAAUUUUGAUACAAAUUUAUGUGAAACAAAUGAUCCUGCUGAUAUUAUAAAAGAUGAGUGGUUAAUUGAUUAUAUUUUUCAUGUUCCUCAAGAUUGGUUGAUGAUAAGCAAAAAUGAUUAUCAAAAUCUUAGUGAUAUUCACCACAAUAAUCGUUGGUCAAUUUAUAUUUGGUCAAGAAUUAUCAGCUUGAGUCUUUCAACAUCAGAAAUCGGUAAAUGGGACGAAAUACUUGCAAAAUUAAAUGAAUGGAUGAUCAAUGUCCAGCAUGACAUUUACAAUGCCAAUGACAUUUUAACAAUUAUUUUUGUUAAGAAUAUAUUCGAAAUUGUGAUUUUCAAGCAUACUAAAUCUGUACUGUCUACUCCAAAUAUUGGAUCGAUUCUUCAAUUUAUUUUACAUACUAGACAAUAUAAUUCUCAUUUAAUUGAUAUAAAACAAGUUGAUAAUUUUAUUGAAAAUGUAUGUCAUUUAAUUCGAGAUAUUUUAUCAUUAAAUAGUACACGUACAACAUAUCUUGGACUUUUACGUAAAUCAAACAUUCAUUAUUUUCUUCCUUUCUUUGAUCUUGAAAAUAUUCUCACUUCAUCUGAUCCACAACAGUACAAAUUUCCUGUUACAACAAUCAACAUUGAUUCAAUUGUUUCUAUUCAGAAGCCAAAUGAUAUUGAUAUAUCUAAGAUUGAUUCAAAAGAGGAAUUUCUUCAUCGUUUUAUACUACACAUUAAUCGAUGGCUAGAAUGGUAUGAUAAAUUUAUCGACAUUUUUCAAUAUAUUAUUGAACGAUUUAAAACCUGGAAAUUAGACGAUGCUGAACAAUUAUUUAUCGAUAUACGCACAAUUAAAUAUGAUUCAUUGAUUAGAGUCAUUAAAAUAAAAUCAAUCAUUCAACAAAUUUUAAAAAUACUCAAAUCUUUCAACAAUCUUCAACGUCUUUGUGAUCUAUUCAAUUGUUUAGAUUCCUUCGAAUCUAUUGAUACUGGUUCUUUAACUCAUACAGACCAAUCACAGUCUUAUAUUGGAGAACUCAAACGAUUGCAUACUAAUACUACGUUCACAGUCAACGCUAAUACUAGUCAAGAAAAACACUUUAUGAUUGAUGCUUGUCGACUUGUUCAUUGGUCGUUUGCUUGUGAAAAAUUUCCUUGUAAUAUUAAAGUAGAAUAUCAUAUUAAUACCCCUCAUAGCAAGACUUAUACAUUGUUUCAUAAUCAAAAUGCUCCUCUUCAUAAGCAAGUUUUACAAGGUGAAUUUAAAACUGAACGAAAUGGAAAUUUAAUAAUAACUAUUGACAAUCGAAACGAACGCGCUCCGCAAAUAAUCUGGUAUCAAUAUAGAACAAUUGCAUUAUCAACAUGUCAUUUAUUUGAUGGUAUAUUCAGUAUGUAUUAUAAAAAAUAUUCCAAACAAUCAAUUAAGAAUAUUAAAGAAGAUGAUCUGAGUAAAUUGAUUGAUCAAACAUUUUAUUUUAUUGAUAAACUUUUAAAUGGUGAAAUUACUUUACAAGAAAUAGACUAUCUCAAAACAGUUUUUUACGAUAAAAAUAUUGAUGUUAAAGAAGAAGUGAAAAAAUUGUUUGCUAAUCGUUCAAUCAACGACAACAAACAAGAAAGAAUGAGAACAACAACAGCAAUAGAUCACCAAGAAAUAGAACAAGUUUGUGAAUGGUUACGAACUUAUCAGUAUUAUACUCAUCUUAGUAUUAUAAUCGAUUGUGUACAAAAAUUUAAUAUCAUUUCAAAUAAUGAAUCAUUUGAUCAUCUACAUGAAAUGAUUAUUAAUGAAAAUUGUUCUUUAAAAACAUUUUCAGAAACGUACAAAGAUCUUUAUGAACGUUUUCGAAAGUUAACAAAUCAUCAUUUACAAUUAAUUAAAAUAAUUAUCGAAUGUUUAAAUGUUGUUGAAAUGAUGAAAAAAUUUGAUUUAUAUUCUACUCAUGGAUUACGCCGAUUUCAAGAGUUACGAGAUAAUUUAACAACACAAUUUCAAUUACAAGAACGCAAUAAUAUGAUUCUUAACUCAUGGAUUAUUAGUUAUGCAUUAUGUGAACCAUUUGUUCGUCAAGUAAAAAGUUUAGAAGAAUUUGUAGAUAAUCUUGCUAAAUUAUCAAAUAUUGAUGAAAGUUCAUUAAAACAUAUUAAAGCCGUCAAUGAUAAUAUACAAAUUGUCAAUAUGUGGCUAUCAACAGAAGAAACAACAAUGUUAGACAAUGCUCUUAUUACAAUGGAACAUUUAUAUAAGACGGGUAUAGUAAACAUUCAUCUAAAACAUUUAAUAAAUGAAGAAUCAUAUUUUGAAAUUGAAUAUUCAAUCGGCAAAGUAUCAACACAAAUCACUAAUAAAGAAGAUGAAAAAAUACAACAACAAGAGAAGCUAACAUUCACAUUAUCCAUGACCGAUAUUGACGAUCAUAAACGUCAAUUAACAUUUUGCAAUGUUGAUCUACAACAAAAUAUGAUUAACAAAAAGAUUUUAUUAAAUGAACAACUUAAAUUAUUAUAUACUAUCGAAAAAAUCUAUUUGAUUCUUGUCAAACUUGAAAAAACCGGCCAUCCAAAUUUUCAAUUGAAAGAAUACAAAUAUGAAAUCUAUGAUCGAACAAGUAAAAUUAAUAAAAUAUUAUCUGAUUUAAAAACUAAUCAAAAUAUCACUGAACAACAACUUGAACAAGCAAUUCAAGGUCGAACAAUUGAUUUUGAAUUAAUUUAUCGUAGUUUAGAAACUGUUUAUGAUAUGUGGAUAAGAGAUUUAGGAAAAUAUCGAAAUGAAAGUCGAUUAUUAACAUUAUUUUCAAAUCGUCAGGUUAUGAUCAUGAUUAUUUUAUUGACAAUAUCAACAACACAAAAUCAAAUUCAACAGAAAUUUUUAGAGAAAUUAUUUCCAUUAAAUAACUUCAACAAUCAACAAGAAGAACAAUUUAAUUUAACUAUUCUAUGUUUAAUUCAUUAUUUACGUUCAUUGAGAAUCAAAGAUUGUAAUUUAUCCAGAGAAAAUAUAAUUUCUCUAUAUAACAAAUAUAAAAUAGAAUUUGGUUCUUCGACAGGUGAAAGUUUAAAACGCUUAUGUUCUUUUUUAAAAGAUUUAUUCAAUAAUGGUGAAGAAUUAUUAAUAAAAAAUACUCUGACUAAUGAAAAUCAACAACUUCUAAUUACAUUAGAUACUCUGGAACAAACACAAAAUAAAAAAAAAUUUGAUAAUGAUUUUGACAUGAAUACUUGCUGUAUUCUUUUAAAUAUUUUUAAAGAUCGAUUACCAGCUGAUUAUCAAAUCUUAUGGUGUUCAAUUUCAACAGAAGAUGAUAUACGAUUAUUCUUUUUACGUGUACGAACUUUUCAAUAUUUAACAUUUGCUGUUCUUGAUAUUGAUAAAAUGCAUCAUCGACUUCGAGAAUUACUAUUAAAUGAACAAGAUUUAUUAGCGAAACAAUCUGAACCACAUGGAAUAAUUUAUUAUUUUUCAAGAGAAUUAAUAUCACCUAGAAAAGGUUUAAGACCAUUCUAUAUAAAACCACAAUAUCGAAAUCCAUCUCAAACUUAUACACAAUUUGUAAAUUUAUUACAAAAAAAUAAUAUUCCAUCAUUAGAAAUUGAAACUAUAUCUGGAAAAGCUGGAAUUGGAAAAACUCAUUAUAUCAAAACAAAAUAUAAAGAUUAUAAUAUGUCAUGUGUAAGUAUCAAUGAUAAAAUAAAUUUAUCAUUAUUGAUUAGUACAUUUCUAUCAUUGGAAUCAAAAAUAUCAAAUAGUCAACCAUCAAUUUAUUUUAAUAUUUCUAUUCAUGCACCGUUUAAACAAUUAAAUUCUAUACUUUUUUCUUUAUUUAUAUGUGGUUCAUUGAAUGAUCUUAGUAGUGGUUUUACAUUUUCACCAUCGAUAACAAAACCAUGGAAAUUUAUUAUGGAAAUUCCUUAUAGAGAAAAAUCUCAUAUGUCAAUUAAAGAAAAUUUUGAUCAAAUAUUACCAAUACUUUCGAUUAUAUCAACAAAAACAUUAGAAGAAAUAAAAGAUGUUAAUUAUCAAUUAUUUAUUGGUGAAGAAGAAGAACUUGUUGCAAGAUUUCUUAAUGCUUAUGAGAAUCAAACAAUUGAUCGUCUUGCAAAACAACAUCGUUUUAAUGGUGAACAACCCGUAGAUUUCGAUCGAUUAAUAGAUUCUAAUGAAUGUCGUCACCAUAUUUACAAUUGCUUUGAAAAAUAUGCACCAGAACUGCCAAGAAAUAAAAUUUUUGAGCUUUCUUUUACGAAAUUUUUAUAUCGUCGUGUACGAUUUUUUACUGGUUUUUUUUAUCGUUACAAUGAAAUUCAUGAACGUCUAGGUUCAAAUGCUAUGGAACAAAUGAUAAAUGAAACAAAAUAUCUUACACAAAUAGAUUUUUCAUCAGAUAAUUAUCCUCGUAUUUUUCUUGUCUAUGAUCCAUCAUUUUCAUUACAUUUAUUACAUAAUGAUUGGGAUAAUGUUCCAUCAACAUUAAAAUCUCUUUUUUUCAAUAUGGAUCCAGCAAAAGGAGAUGAAUAUAUCAAUAAAAAUUAUUUUGUUAAAUGUUUAUCAUGGUUAAUGGAUAUUCCUUAUGAUAUUUUCGAAACAAUCAUGAAUGAAACAAAAUUUAUCUUAACAGAAAAUUUUGCUUAUAAACUUUUUCAUAUUCAUGAAAGAAAAUUAACACGUUUAGCCUUAAUUAUUGAAGGAGAAACAGGAGUAGGAAAAACUUUUCUUCUUAAAUUUUAUUCUUUAUUACUUAAUUCCAAUAUUAUUUAUGGUCAAUUUCGCAAUAAAAUGGCACCGAAAAUCCUUGAACGUACAAGUUUAUGGUUAUUGAACAAUAUUAUGAAUAAUAUUUUAGGAAGUCAAUCGUAUUUAUUAAGUCUAUUUCUACGACGAAUAGAAUCAAAAAUACAUAAUUGUAAUAAUAUAAAUGAUAACGAAGGAGAAGAAAUUUUAUUUGAAGAAGACGAUCAACAUAUAAAUCAUCAACUUUUAUUAGAAAUAAAUGAAUCCUUACAAAAUUUUAAAUAUAAUCAUGAUGUUUUAAAAUGUAUAUGGAAAACAAUAGUUACUAUCGCACACGAAUAUGCGGCUGACAUUGUUCAAAAACUUUUUGUUGCAUUAUAUGAAUUUGUAACAUCAUAUUUAGAAGAUUUUACAUUAAUGGAAGCUAGUUAUCAAUUAAAAAGAUUAUUAGAACAAUUAAAAAUCUUAACAGUGAAAGAAUCUAUCGAAAUAUUCAAUCAAUUUCUGAGUCAUACUCGUAUUAAACCAUUAUUUUAUCGUCUUCUUUUACAUCCUGAUGUAACUGAAGAACAAAUCGAAAAAUUUAUGUUUCCAAUUUCUCAAUUAGCUAAACAGAUGUCUGCAAUUGAAUUAGUCGUCUUUUUUGAUGAAGUUAAUACAUCAUCUUGUCUUGGUUUAUUUAAAGAAAUUUUUAUGGAUGGAACAUUACAUGGAAUUAAUUUACCAAAAAAUAUUUUCUUUACUGCAGCUAUUAAUCCAUUAAUAUAUCUUAAUAAUGAUUUUCAAGUUCAUCGUGGUGAUUAUAUUGUACAUGAACUACCACAAUCACUAGAUAAUCUCAAAGUAUCUUAUGGAGUAUUAGAUUCAAAGACAUUAGAAGAUUAUAUCAAACAAAAAAUAGCAAAAUUUACCGUGAGUUCAUCAAGCAAUGCUCGGAAACAAAUAUCAUUAGAACAAUGUACACAAGUACUGCUCACUCAAUCUAUUCUUAAAGCACAAAAAUUAUGUGAAGAACAUCUAGGACGAAAUUCAGUAUCACAAAGAGAAAUUCAAAGAUGUUUUAAUCUUAUUAAUUUCUUUUGGACAAUGAAAUAUGAUAAAGUUUAUAAUGAACAAGAUAAAGCAAUACGAUGUGUUGCUUUAUCAUUAGCAUUGAUUUAUUAUUUUCGACUUCCCGUAAAUGAUGUUAAUGCACAACAAACUGAUCAUAAUACACUCUCACGUGAAAAACUUGGUGAAAUUCUUUCGGAAAUUAUACCGAAUUUUGUUAAAAUUAUUCAAGAUGAACUCGAAAGAUUUGUUACUACGGAUAAUUUUGUUAUUCCACAUGGUGUAGCUAUUAAUCAAGCCAUUCGUGAACAUAUAUUUUCUAUUGUUGUCAGUAUUGUCACUCGAACACCAUUAUGUAUAAUUGGUGCACCAGGUCAAUCAAAAACUCUUUCAUUUCAAAUUGUUUUACAAAAUCUUCAAGGUUCUCAAUUAUCAACAACAGAAUUUUGUAAAUCAUUACCAGCCAUUGAUCCAUUUUUUUGUCUUGGAUCAAAAUAUACUCGAUCAGAAGAUAUUGCAUAUAUAUUUGAACGAGCUAUCAAACGUGAACAGCAAUACCAACAAAAUCGAAUAGAUACACGAUGUGUUGUUUUUUUAGAUGAAGCUUCAUUGCCUGAUGAGAAAAAAAUGGUAUUAAAAGUACUACAUCCUUAUUUAGAUGAAUGUAAAGUAGCUUUUGUAGCUAUAGCUAAUAAAUCAUUUGAUGCUGCUAAUGCUAAUCGAAUGAUUUGUAUUUAUCGAUCAUUACCAUCAGAAGAUGAACAAAAAAUAUUAGCAUAUGGUUGUCUUGGACUACAAAUUGGAGGUGAACAACAAAAUACAAAAAAGGAUCUUGAUGAUAUUAUAUAUGGUCUUUGUCAAGGUUAUCGUCGAAUACUUUCUAGUUCAAAUAUUCCUCAAAUAUUUCAUGAUCGAGAUUUUAUUUAUAUGUUAAGAGAAUUACGCUUUGAAUUACCAAUGACAAUAGCAGAUGAUGAAGAGACAAGUAUUAGUAUUAUAAAACCGAUUAGUUUAUUACGUGCACUUGAAGAUAAUUUUAAUGGAAUAAAAGAAAAUGAAUUUAAAGAAUUAGUUGAAAUCUUUUUCAAAUCUGUUGAAGAAAAAUCUCCUAAUUUUUGUUUACCUUUCGAAUGGCAACAACAACAACAAAAAUUUUAUCGUGAUAUUCCAACUAUUCUUCAAAAUUCAUUAAAACUCGAUUCAAAACGUCGACGACUUUAUGGUCGUUAUAAAUUAAUAAUUGAUGAAUCAGAAGAUGAAAGUGCUAUUAAUCUUUUAUUACAAACAGGUAUUUUAGAUUCUGAUCCUAAACGAACAUCUAUAUUUCGAAUGUCAGACUUUUCGGAUGAUAUUAAUAAUGAAUUACGUAAUGUUGAAAUAUUAUCAACAAUUAAAUUAUGUAUGGAAACUGGUAAAACAAUUUUAAUGGUAAAUACAAAUCGAAUUCAUGGUUCACUCUAUGAUGUUUUUAAUCAAAAUUUUUCAAUAAUGGCAACAGGUGAUAUGAGAAAGAUAUUUUCUAAAGUUGCUAUUGGUUCAAAAACAAUUGAUGUUGCUGUUCAUGAAGAUUUUCAAUGUAUUGUUCAUAUUAAACGAAGUGAAUUUAAAGAUAUUCCAGCACCUUUUCUUAGUCGUUUUCAAAAAUAUUCAUUAAGUGUUAAUAAUUUCUAUCGUAUUCGAUUACAUAAACUUUCUAAUAAUGAACAGAAUAUAUUAAGAAAUAUUGAAGAAAAAAUUUUAUCAUUUAUUGAUCAUUUUGGACAACAAUAUUUUUAUGGUAUGAAUCAAAGUACUCUUUAUUCAUGUCUUUUAUCAUUAAUUAAAGUCAAUGACAAUGAAGAAUAUUCUUUAUUAAAUAUGCAUGAAUAUUAUACACAAUUAACUACUAAAUUAAAGUCAUUCAUUGAACAAAAUCCUACUAAUAUUCAGCAAUGUCUUUUUCGAUUAAUACUAUCAAAAUUGAUUCAACUUGUUUCACCUGAAUCAAUUAUAUUGAAAUUAUCAACAUUUGAAGAAAAAAUUCAACAAUGGUUAUAUAAUUUAUAUUUUCAUCAACAAGAACAUUUUAAUUUAAAAAAUUUUAUUCAACAAUUAGUUUUAAAAUCAUGGGAUCAGAUUAAUAAUUUUGAAUUAUUAUUAUUAGAAAAUACCAAAGAUCAAAUAAAAAUAAAUAAUAUUCGUAAAACAACGAAAGUAAUUAUAUUUACACGAACAUCAUCCUAUGUCAUUGGUUUAAACCAACAAUCAAAAAAUGAAUUAUUUACUAAUAAUACUGAUGAUGAUGAGGAUAUGAAUGGUAAUGAAAAAAUAGAAAUUCUAAAUUUGGAUACACUUGACAAUGCAGUGGAAUUACAAGAUAGAUUUCAUUCCUAUGAAAAUGAUCAUAAUAAAAAUGUUUUAAUCAUUGUUAUUGAUGGUCGAAACGGACAACAACGUUUGCAUAUUCCUUUUGUUCGAAAACUGAUCGAUGAAACUGAAUAUUCUUAUAAUAUUAAUAAUCGUGCAGAACGAAAAUAUUUUCUUAUGCUUGUUCAUUCAUCAGCCCAAGAUUUACAUCAUCAAUCAUGUUUUCCAUCGAUAUUUUUACAUGAUUGGGAAUUUUAUUUCUUUGAUACAUGUACACCAGGUAGUGCAUUUUAUCUUCAAAAAAUGUUACGAAUUUUAUCAUCAUCUCAUGAUGAUCAACAAUCACAAGUUAUUGACAAUGUAUUAUGUGAUUUAAAUAUUCUCUUUGAAGAUUUUUUAUGGGAUUUUUGUUCUCGAAUUCAACUUUCUCUUCCUGAAUUNUUGCCAUAA